GUGGUUUUCAGAGAAGUUUCUACUCUUUCAUUCCCUGCUGAAAACCAAGCAAGCCUUGCCGAUCCACGAGCUAGCAAGCCAGCCUGACAAGAUUACUGAAGAAUGGAAAUGGUUAAGGAAGCAACGAAGAUGUUUGCAGAGGGUGCUGGUGGAGUGGUGCUUGGAUCGGCAUGUGAUUCCUUCUUGAAAUCGAUCGGGAAGUGCUGCAUGUUUGAUUAUCCCGUCCUGGAGAGCGUCAAAUCCACGGUGGAGAAUUUGAGGGCAGUGACUCCAGAGAUGGAAGAUUUGAACAACAAAUUGGGUGACCGUCAGGAUGAAGUAAAAGAACUCAGAGAAGAACUGGAGAGGGGCAAAAGCCUUCUUGACGAGAUGUCGGAGGUUGGAUACUGGAGCCUCUACAAGGCAAGUUACAACGACCAACUGGUUGGAUUGGAUGCAUCUCUUAAGAGUCUGGUGGGAAAACUACACCUGCAGUCAGCACUUGUUGUGAAGGAGGUCCUGGUUUCGACAAAGGAGACUGGUCGAGUUGUGAAGAGGACCAAAAGAAAAGUUGAUGAAGUGGAUGAAAAUGUUAAAGAUAUACUGAACAUUAUGAAGAAACAAGAACAGAAGGAUUUGGCAAACAAAGUGGGAUUGGCAAUUGAAGGGGCGGGUCUGGUAGCUGGACUAGAAGAAAUUGCUGAUCUGACUUGCCCUGCGUUCCUGUCAGACAUACGGCUGGACUUUGCAGAAAUGUUUCGGUGGCUUGAAGAAAUGCAUCGGCGGGCGCGCCGGACAAUUGGAUUGAUAGAGACGAAGACGGCAGCAAGUGAAGUGACGCUUUAUUUCCGGGUUGGGGAACUAAGGGAUUUCAGAAUGCUAAUAGAGGAGGGAGUAAAUGACAUCCGCAAGUACCCCACGAUUCUGGAGUGGACAGAUGAUCUCAAGUCUCAAUACACCAGCAAAUUUCGUGAUUUGAAUAAAACUCUCGAGGCUCUUUACAAUCGUCUAGCUGGAAUGCGACCAUUUCGAUGGAGGUGUGGAAACUGUGACGAGUCUCUUGCAAAAGCAUCAACUUCAAUUGGGGGUUCUGCAGGGUUUGCCAUCCAGGGUAAUUGAUGAUUAUCACCAGAGAAAGAACAAGAUAUGAGACAUCGAAUGAGAUCACACAUAUCAUGUUAAACCAAGAUGGGGCAAUGCACUAGGCCCCGCAUGUUUAUUUCUGUAUGUUUAACUAAUUAUUAUGCAAUAUGAUCAUUUGGUGAAAUAUUUCAGAGGAUAUACUCCUCUGACAGUCCAAUUAUUU